AUGGCAGGCGCAGGAUUGUGGAGUGCAACUUCCCUACCAGCAGAGGAGCAUGUUGUACAUCAUGCUUCUGACCCUACCGGCAUCCCAGCGAUGAUCAUGGCUUAUGAGGGGGAGCCUACGGAUGAUAGUGGUUACACCGAGCAUGACUAUAGUCCAGUUGAGCACCCGUCCAAUCUCGACUAUACACCAUCUGAUCACUCUAGCCCGGAACCCUCCGAGCCUGUUCAUUUACCCGACCACACAUCGGUUGGACUUCAACUUCUCAACUCAGAUUAUGAGACGAAUGAGGAAGAGGAAGAUAUUUCCACCUCAUUGGAGAUCACAUCGCCCCGCCCCAAUCCUUCGCAUCGAUCCUUCAGAGCACACCUUACUGGUACUCAGGUGAAACAAACCCUGAGCAAGACUAUUGUUAUUCCCUCUCGAAAAGGAGCAGCAUCACCACAAAAAACAAAGAAACCAUGUGGGGACUACAUAUAG